UGUGUGCUUGUCUUACGCGUCCCAUUUGCUCAGCGCUCAACAUCAAACCGUCACUGCUAUAAUACCAUCAAUGGGUUCUCCAGUCCGGGUCUAUGUUUAUGACCUCAGCAAGGGUCUCGCCGGCCAGAUCUCCUUGCAGCUCACCUGGCAUACCUCAGUUGUUGUCUUCGGGAAAGAAAUCUUUUAUGGACAAGGCAUUUGUGAAGCUGAACCGGGUCGGUCCCAUCACGGGUCACCUCUGAGGAUCAUUGAUAUGGGAGAGACACAUUUGGACGAGCAGACGUUUAUGGAAUGCCUCAGCCAGAUAAAAGAGCAUUACACUGCCGACAAAGUAGACUUCAACUGCAAUUCAUUUACUAACAAUUGCCUCGGCAUUUUGAAUAAUGGCUCGCUUCCAUCGUAUAUCAAAGACCUACCAUCCGAUUUUCUAUCGACGCCGUUUGGUGCUGCCUUACGACCAACUAUCGAUGCCAUGUUUAGGGGCAGGGCUUCUACCGGCAUCCUAACCCCUCCCCAAGAUAUCUCAGCCACAACCGAUUCACCUGAUUCGGCAUUGGCUUCGUCUGUGCUGCAGGCAGUAGCAGCUGGCGCAACAUCCAACAGCUCUGAUGUGCCGUCGUCAUCCAGAGACUACCUUCCGACACCUGCACCAACAUCGCCCCCUACGCCGGUUCAGAACCACAGCCUUACUACACCUGUGCACAUUGCUACAAACCCCUCAUCUUUCCAUAAUGUGCUUCGCACACAUCGUGCUGUGGUUGCAUUCUUCACGAGUGCAACAUGUGGGCCUUGCAGGAUGAUCGAGCCUGUAUUCGAAGAGCUUGCACAGAGCAAGAGCCGGGCCAACGAUGUCGCGUUUGUUAAGAUAGACUUGAGUGUCGGAAUGAGCAAUGCGGUGGGCGGCGAGUAUGGUGUGAGAGUAACACCGACGUUUAUUUUAUUCUUGGACGGGAAUAAAACCCAUGAAAUGAAGGGGAUCAAUGCACCUGAAUUACGCACUCAAGUCGACUUGCUCCUUUAUCAGGCGUUUCCUCCUCAUCCACAUACUACGUUGUCACUUCCUGCGAUCGAAGCUAUACCCCUUAAUGCUAUCCUGUCUUCUCAAGUUCCAGAUCUCGAUAAAGUGCUUGCGAAAUUGACGGGGUUCAUAGAUGUUGCUCCUUCAUGGUCGGGCUUCGUUACGAAAGAAGCCACGAAGCAAAUUCUCGCGGAGAAUAUCGUUCCGUACCUCAAAGCAAAAGAGUCUUCAUCACCCCCUAGCAUUUUUAUAGAGCCUUGGAAAGACGCGACGAUAAGCCUUGCGACGAAUCUUUCCGCAGGAGAAUUGUUCCCUGUGGUAGACAUGUGGCGCGUUGCUCUGCUCAAACCAGCCGUGUGCGGUUGGAGUGCAACAAAAGUCGGUCCUGAAAGCCCGAUCCUCGUCUUGUUAUCCAAGGCCGAAGGCGCGCCAAGGAAUUAUACCCUCACGCUCUUGAAGAUGAUUUCAAACGCGUUUGCGAACACGGUCAUAGCCCGAGAACUUCUUCUUUCAUCUCGAAGUAGCAUCAAAGACCUAGCGGUGGCUGCAUUGUUUCAUGACGAUGUAAAUGUACGGUUGGCAGCAGCCAACCUGGCAUUCAAUAUGGCUGCGCACAUUCAGAGACUGAGAGUAGAUAAGGCGCGGGGGAAUGUUGAAGGGGACGACGUGGGCGAGAAUGAAGACUGGGAUAUUGAAAUGACAAGUGCGCUUCUGGAAGUUAUAGGACGGGAGAAGACGAACGAAGAAAUUGUUCAUCGUUUGACAGCGUCACUGGCACUACUUAUCCGACUUUCUCCGUUCAUUGAACAGCUCACUUCCUUGUUAGAGGUUUUGCAAGCUCAGAAAAUACUCAAGGAUAAGUUGAAGAGAGGCGGAUGCGGGGACACGGGGGUUGUAAAGAAUGAGGCCCGCAAACUCAUCGAGGAGGUUGCUGAGAAACUUUGUGCUUGAUUGUGGAGUGCUUUGUCCUUGCUGUACUUAGUGUAUUGCUAUCAUAUGUACACGUCUCAUUUAAGAAUAAAUAUAGGCGCCUUGCAGGAUCUGGGAUUAUUUGAUGUUGUACAUUUCCAA